AUGUCAUGGGGAAAGCGCAAUGUCGAUAAAGAUGACAAGUCAGUUGCUAAGCGCACAAAGGCCUCCGACAAAGGGAAAAAAGUAGUUACCAAUGAGGAACAAAGUAUAAACAACUCACUUGAACGUGCACUGCAACGUCUACUAGAAAAAAAAGCAUCAAUAAUUGCAGGGAAGAUCACUGCAAAAGAAAAGAUUAAUGAGCCAAUAGUAGAGAGUGACAAUGACGAAGAUCGUUGUAGGGUCCAAUGUAGAUGCAGUCCAGAACGAUUAAGAGAAAUUGUGAUCGGUUUGAACGAAGCACAAAAGAAAGUUAUUUCAGAUAUAGGCUUCGGGUCCCUCCUUAAUCCUGAAAUUCCGUCAGUGCGUAGUUCUCUCAUAUGGUACUUGUACAACCAUAUGGAUCUUGAAAAAUUUGAACUAGUCCAACAUGGGGUAAUUUAUCCUUUCACUAUUCAAUCGUUUAAGGAAAUUAUGAAAAUCGAAGAUGGUGGUGAGGACAUCAACUUUGAAGAUUAUGUUGACACUGACAACAAAGUUCGAAAUGAAGUGUGCAACCUCGAAAAAUCCAUUAAGUGCACAGACUUGGUGGAGCUUAUAACCAACUCUGAAGAAGCUGAUGUUUUGUUCGUUGCACGUUUUAUGUUGGUAGCAUUGGGAUCCUUCUUGGUUCCGACAUCUGGAACGUACGUAAGAAAGGAGUACAUAAAUGCACUCUUAGAUGUUGGGCGAAUAAAGAAGUUGAACUGGGCUUCGUUCAUCUUUAAGUUUUUACACGAGAAUCUGAAAGCACAUCAAAAACGACUCAAUAAUUCGAAAGAUAAGGGCAAGGUUCAUUAUCUCCCGGGUUGUACUAUUUACCUUCAAAUAUAUUAUUGGAGCCAUAUAAAAAGGAAGUUGUACACUUCUCCUCGCCUCGGCCUUCCCAUGGCUUACUGGAAUGAGGACCGAGUGAAAGGAAUAUCCUCGUUCAUCUCCAAGAGUGGGGGAUUUGUGAAUGGGAAGAUUAUUCUACACCCGCCUAUGUUCAGGAAGACAUAUGGCCAUACAGAAGACACUUCCAUUCCAUUAUCCAACCAGGGAGGAACCUCAUCCUCUACAUGCUGCAACUGCAUCUUAAGAGAUGAAAUGAAGGAGAGGGAUAAAAAGUUAGACACUACUUGUCAAGAACUACUAAGAUUAUUUGACUCUUUCAAAGCCGACAUCUCUAAGGACAUCGGAAAGGGCUUCGUCACUAUGAAGCAAUGUAUCAUUGACGAGGUUAAGGAAUCUUUUAUUCCAGAGCUUCGUGAAGCUAUAUUACCUGAGGUGAGAAAAUCUGUGACAGCCGAGUUGCAUCAAACAGUGAUGAAAGAGUUGAGGCAGUCCGUGUUAAUGGAGUUGAGGCAAUCUCUACUGAAAGAACUGAUGGAAGUUAUUGAUAAGGACGGGGAGAGAAAUGAUGAGGAGGCCGACAAAGAAAUGAUGGAAGUUAGUGAUAAGGACGGGGAGAGAGAUGAUGAGGAGGCCGACAAAGAAACUAGCUCGAUGAGCACUUCAAAUGAGGAUCAGUUUGGAAAUGAAAACACAAGAAAUUUGGAGUUUGACAACCCGCCUACCAACAAUCAAUAUGAGGUUGGCCCUGUGGAUUUGACAAUGGUAGAAGACAUCGGUCAUGAAGGUGAAUGCACCUCGGCCAUCAAAGUUCUCCUUGCUUCAAACGCGUAUCAAAAGACCGAAAAAAGAUUCCACUCAAGCAAGGAAUUGUAUGUGGACACUUUCCACUUGAAGGAGCCAGCAAGCGAGAUUGAAUUUAAGCUGGCAAUGUUCGUUUUCGGAAAAAAUUUACAUAAAGGGUAAGUCUUUAAUUAGUAGAUUGGUAGUUCAGUAAGACUGUGUAUUAGUAUUACCAUAUAUUGUACCUAAUUCCAUUGUCUCAUUGGCAGGUACCCUUUUGUGAAAUUUCAAAAACUUGAACUUUUUCGGCAACAAC